GCUCCAUAGACUUGUGUGGCUUGUUGACAAAGUUGUAGAGUCACAACGCAUACAAAUAAACCUCACUUUUCAGGAUAGCCGGUCCUUGAAAAUGGGGGACCACAUGAUAUCAUUCUUUGAUAACCUACGUGGUAAUGUUUCCCUGAAAGCACUAGAUUUGUUGCUUGUGGAGAAGAAAAAGAUACGUACGUUGCUCGCAGCAGGGGGGACUUGUGGUCAUGUGCUUUUUACGAGUUGUGGGUUGCCAUGUGCUUGUCGGAUGGAGUGGUGGGAAAAUACAAAUUGCAAAAUUCCUCUUGCCGCCGUAGACAAAUUCUGGACAAAACUAGAUUUCAAUGCUGAAGAACUUAAGGAAGACGAUAAUAAUCUUCGGGAGGAAAUGGACAGAGUCAUGCAACAACUGAAGGCGCAACCACCGAUAGUGUUAAAAAGUAUGUUGUCGGAGAUAAAGGAGGUGGUGAAUCCAAGUAUGACUGACCAUCAACCGCCUGAGGUACAACAAGAUACUCGGGGGCGCCCAACCUCUAAAGCACAACAAAAAAAGAAGGAGGAGGUUGCGAGACGUAAAGAUACCCGGUCCGAAGCAAAAGGCAAAAGCCAAAAGAAGGACGAGGAGCUCAAAAGCCAGCAGUGCAACGCAGUCGUUCAAAGAAAAAUAAGGCUAAAAAGACAGUUGAAAUUAUAG